GAUCAAAUACUAACUGCAAUAUCUCACCUUCCAUUCCCUCCAUAUACCAGCCCACCAUGUUUAACUAUGAGCGUCCAAAACAUUUUAUCCAGUCACAGAACACAUGCAGCUCCAGACUACAACCUCCAGGGCCAGAGACUUCGACUUUCUCCUCUAGCCAAACCAAACAGUCUUCCAUCCUCAUCCACCCCCGGCAAUGCACGGAGCAAAGAUAUUCUGCUUCUUCUACAAUGAGCUCUCAGAUCACAAUGUCCUCGUCAGCUUUCCCGACUUCUGGCCAGCAGCUUCCUGGCUCUUCCCUGGGACAAAGAGUGACAUCCACAUAUAACCAGUCCCCUGCCAGCUUCCUCAGUUCUGUAUUGCCAUCACAACCUGAUUAUAGUGGCAGCAAAAACCCUGCAACUGUGGAAUCCAAUUACCAGCAGCCAUCAGUCAACCAACCUGUAAAUGUUAAGCCAGCCCAAGGAGCACAUCCUAAAAUGGCACCAAAGACUCCUGAUCAUGAAAUACAAGGAUCCAAAGAAGCUCUGAUCCAAGACUUGGAAAGAAAGCUUCGGUGCAAGGACAAUCUUCUACACAAUGGAAACCAACGGCUAACAUAUGAGGAGAGAAUGGCUCGCAGGCUGCUGGGACCACAGAAUGCUGCUGCGGUGUUUCAAGCACAGAAUGAUAAUGAAUCACAGGACUUAGCACAGCACAACUCAGAAAAUGCAAGAUUGCAGGUUCCUGUGCCACAGAUAAGGAGUAGAUCAUCUUCAAGAGGAGAUACAAAUGAUCAAGAAUCAAUCCUGGAGAAAUUCUACCCUCCACGUUUUGUUCAAGUGCCAGAGAACUUAUCUAUAGAGGAAGGACGAUUCUGCAGAAUAGACUAUAAAGUAAGUGGAUUACCAGCUCCUGAUGUGACAUGGUAUCUAAAUGGAAGACCAGUUCAAUCAGAUGAUUUUCACAAAAUGAUAGUGUCUGAAAAAGGUUUUCAUUCACUCAUCUUUGAAGUCGUGAGAGCCUCAGAUGCAGGAACUUACGUAUGUGUUGCUAAGAAUCGAGCAGGAGAAGCCACCUUUACAAUACAACUGGAUGUUCUUGCAAAGGAGCAUAAGAGAGCACCAAUGUUCAUCUACAAACCACAGAGCAAAAAAAUUUACGAAGGGGACUCAGUGAAAUUAGAAUGCCAAGUUUCUGCUAUACCUCCACCAAAGAUUUUCUGGAAAAGAAAUAAUGAAAUGGUGCAAUUCAAUACUGACCGGAUAAGCUUGUACCAUGAUAACUCUGGAAGAAUUACCCUGUUGAUUAAAGAUGCAAACAAGAAAGAUGCUGGGUGGUAUACUGUAUCUGCAGUAAAUGAAGCUGGAGUGGUCACAUGCAAUACUAGGCUGGAUGUCGCAGCCCGUCCAACUCAAACUCUUCCAAAUCCUAAGCAGUUACGGGUUCGACCAACUUUCAGUAAAUACUUAGCACUGAAUGGGAAAGGUUUGGAUGUGAAGCAAGCCUUUAACCCAGAAGGGGAGUUUCAGCGCUUAGCAGCUCAAUCUGGACUCUACGAAAGUGAAGAACUUUAACAGCGUAAGAAAACAUGACAAAUGCAACUAGUAAUCUUCAGUCAUUUAAUUAAGAUCUUUAAAAUAAACCCAUAGGUGCAGUUAACAGCAUAUUGCUUUUAUUGGGCAACAUAACUACUGUACAAAAUAUUAAUCUUUUGACUCUCAUACAAACUAAUUUUCUGGUGUAUUUAAAAAAUGGGAAAUUUGUGAGUAUGAGUUUAUAAAUGUAGAAGAUAUCCUGAGAUGUGGGUUUUUUAAUUCAUCAUAAAUGCUCAAUGACUCCUGAAUAUGAAAGCUGUAGAGCCUUUUUAAACCACAAAUAGCGCCAGUAACAAAAGCAGCUCCUUGGUAUGGCUUUCUAAAGGCUAUGACCUUUAAUGACAUUAAGGUGUGUUUCAGAAAUACUGAAAUGUUGCAGAUUAUCUGAGUGUUCUGGAGCUUAUGUUAAAAACCAAUAAAAAUUUAAAUAUAAAAAAA